UUUUUCAAAACAUUUUCCGUUAAAAGUACAAUGCCUUGGUUCUUAUUUCUAUCAAUUUUUCUAUCUCUGAAAUUUGCGGUCUCCAUUUACAGCACAGACCCGUUACGUUGGGUGCCCCCGCAGGCACAUGAAUGGAAGAAUGCGGAUAUUCCAAAAAGUGUUAAGGUUCACUGGGAAAAUCGCUGGGCGAAGGCGUCAUAUUUGAAGGGAUGCAGUGAGGAGAAUAGUUUGAGGAUAAUUCCAGUCUAUUUCUGGCCUGGCGAACGUGUUGAUCUACCGUGUAGAAUGUGUCAAAUGGCGUUCCUGACGAACGGAAGAAUGAAGCGAUGGGGUUAUUCGGAACAAAUUGACGAAUUCCUCUUAAAUCCUAGUCAAUUUGCACGUGUCAGUGAGAUUUGGCAAGAUGUGCAGAACACGAAAAACUUUAUCGAAAACCUGGAUGAUGACGUGGAUCCAGAUGACGUCAUAUGGUAUCCGAAGACGGAAGAGGACAACGUGGACAGUAAUAGAACUGCAAAGGAGCCACCGAGAUAUUGGCAGAAUGACGGGAAACUCACUAUUUUUGCGGCUGAUGUGCGAUCACAAGGUGUCUACUUCUGUUACGAUGAGUUAUCCCGAAAACAGGCGGUCAUCUUUUUUGUGCUAAUGGCAAUGCUACCGCCCGUUCGGUUUACUACAAAGCAGCCACGUGUUUACACCGAUGGCUGUGGGCAGGACAAGGGCGAAGACUCGGAACUGAUAUUUCCAUCUCACAAUUGGAGAUUUCAUUUUCUUCCAAUGGGUGAUUUCAGUCCCCCGCCCACGUGUCAGUUGGAUGCACGUGACACUGAAGGUUGCAGUGAUAGAUAUGCAUAUUUGAACACUACAAAUUGGCCCAAAAACUUUGCUGAAGACUGUUCGAUGGAUAAAUGCAGAGCCCGCCUAUUCUCACCUGACAAUAAUAUCGAUUUGUUCAUCGAAGUGAGAUGGGACGCGUGGACAUCAUGCCAAGGAGAUCAGCCGACAAAAAGACGAGAAGGUCACUGUUAUCUUGUUCGAGGUGAAGGAUCAAUCAAUAUCGAAUCGAUGAAGUCCUCAGACAAGAAACUGUACUCGUGGAUCAAGAAUCUGGAGACUGUGUUCGAUCGGAAACCAUUUGAUACGAAUGGUAUACGAUUGCAUAGCUCCCUGAUAACCUCUGUGAUAUUCGAUAAACCAAAAAUCACGGGAUGCUAUAAUAAGAAGGACGAGAAAGAUGGUUUGUACGAGCGAUACGAUAAAGUGUGGCGGAGCAUCUUCUUGCCAACUCUUGGAGUACCAGAAAAGGGAGAAAAGAUUCAACUGGGAAAUCCAUUCGAGGCUUGCCUGAGAUACGCGAGAAGAUCUUUCGAUGAUGAUGGAGAUAUUGAUAGUGAGCAUCUAGUGGGAACCUAUUCUACACAAGUUGAUUAUUGUUGAAAAGGACAGUAUUUGAACUUAUUCUUUGGUUUCUAAAUAAAACUUAUGUCACAAAAAAGUAAACUUAUGUCAAAAAAAAGUUACUUUAAAAUUAUUCUACGCAAGUGGACUACUAUUGAGCACGAAUAAAUAUGUAUGAUGAAUAA